GCGUUCGCACAAAAGAACACGUUCGUCAUCAAUAUCGUAUUUCGAACAAUAUAAACGGGAUUGCAGACGAAGCGCGUCCAUAAGUGCCUCUUCUAAGCUUGUUGAUUGGAGUGCAAUUCGCGUUAUAACGCUCUUUCUACUGUUUCUACUACGCAAUUUCGAUAUGGCUCAACAACAGGAGGAAACUCACGAAACUUGCGGUGUGCAAAGAGUAUUAAUUGCUGUGGACGAUAGUGAAAAUGGGGCCGCUGCAUUUGAUUAUUACAUCGAGCACGUUCACAGACAGGAAAAUCAGUUGAUUGCUCUUCAUGUAUCGGACCAAGUGAAAAUGCCAACCUAUGCUUUGUUUUCAGGCCUUACAGAAGGUGUUGGAUACAGUCACGAGGAAGUGACGGCGAUGGUCGAAAAACUCAAAGAAAGAAAUAAAGCUCUCGAAGACAAGUACAAUAAAAAGUGCAAUGAUCUGAAGAUCAAACAUAAAGUCUUGAUUGUGUCGGAAGAUUCACAUGGAGUCGGACAUGCUAUAUGUCAGAGCGCAAAGAAACACGAUGCAAAUUUGAUUGUAGUCGGAUCUCGCGGACAUGGAACGUUGCGCAGAACCAUACUCGGAUCUGUGAGCACCUAUGUCAUUCACCACAGUCAUAUUCCAACCCUGGUCUGUCCUGUCCAUCAUAAAUGAAUGAACGUCACCUGAAAGACGAUGCAAUACCAUGUUAUUCAAACAUUCGCCGUGUAAAAACUUGCCCAUUUUACUGAUUGAUUAUAUUCUCUGUCAAAAGAAUUUGUGUGCUUGGAAUACGUUGUUUCAAAUACUUGAUUGUACAAAAAAUCUUUUCCACGUGCCAUAUACGCCGUUCAAUAUCGUUAUUAUAAUGGUGCUUCACGUCUUUCAAUUGUGUAUUUUACACUGGUAACAAAACAACGCGUCUGGUGUGAUACCUGUAUGGAAAUCCAUUACUUACACUACACCAUUGGUAAUCAUUAUAGGGCGUCACCUUCAAAAGGAUAUAAUUCAUACCUUUUUCAACUUCCUCUUGGAAAAUUGAUAAGACCACCAUUUUGUCAAUCACAGAGUGCAUAUAUAUAAUUUCUUCAUAUUUGAAAAAUAAUAGGAAUGUUGUGUACUCAAACCAAAAAUUUCCGGUUCUCACAUAAUCACAUUCUUGUUCAAACUGACUGAUAAUAUCCCUUUUUUAGUCGGCAAUAGUUUUGAGUAGAUUCUGAAAUAUGCUUCACCUAUUUGUUUUCACUUUGAACAAACGAAUACAAAACGGCGUUGCAUGA